AUGAGACGUACUCUAUUGAAUAAUGUCUCUCUCUGUGCUCGCAAUCGCCUUCUCUCCCCUCCAACCUGCAACCCUAAUCCUAGCUCCUCACUCGUCCCACUCGCCGCUUCGACUCGGUCCCUACUCAGGCUUUUCUCGUCCGAAGACGACUCUUCCGCUGAAAGCUCCAAUCCGUCUGCUGAUUCGAGCGUGAUCCCGACCAACAAGAAAGAUGCCUCCGUUGAAACAGGAGAGGCAGUGAACGCAAAAGCGUACCCUUUGGCCGAUGCGCAGCUGACGAUUACAAUACUCGACCUGGUUCAACAGGCAGCUAACUACAAGCAGCUUAAAAAGGGCGCCAAUGAAGCGACUAAGACCCUCAACAGGGGUAUUUCUGAGUUCGUAGUGAUGGCUUGUGACACUGAACCGAUUGAGAUUCUUCUUCACCUUCCCCUGUUGGCUGAAGAUAAGAAUGUUCCCUACGUUUUUGUCCCUUCGAAGCAAGCACUUGGCCGAGCCUGUGGUGUCACAAGACCUGUCAUUGCGUGUUCUGUGACUUCCAAUGAGGGAAGUCAAUUGAAGUCGCAAAUACAACAGCUCAAGGAUGCCAUUGAGAAACUUCUUAUCUAAGCUAUCUUGGAAUGCAUAUUCGGUGUGAUGGGCCUCUUCGGACUGUAAUAGUGGGAGCCUUCAGAGGCAUUGACUAGGAAAUGCAUAUUCAGUGUGAUGGAGUUGUUGUGUUACUAGGAAAUCUUUUGAUGUUUGAUUUGUAUUAAAUUUUCUGUUUUUAU